AUGUCUUUGAACAAGAGUAACAUUCGUGAAUACAAGUUGGUUGUCGUUGGUGGCGGUGGCGUGGGUAAAUCUGCGUUGACCAUUCAGUUGAUCCAGUCCCAUUUUGUCGACGAUUAUGAUCCGACUAUCGAGGAUUCGUACCGUAAACAAGUGGUUAUCGACAACAAGGUAAGCAUACUGGACAUUCUUGACACGGCAGGCCAAGAGGAAUAUUCUGCGAUGCGAGAGCAAUACAUGCGUACCGGCGAAGGGUUCUUGUUGGCCUACUCCGUGACGUCGCGGAACUCGUUCGACGAGCUCAUGACCUAUUAUCAACAGAUCAUGCGUGUGAAGGACGUGGACUACGUGCCUGUGUUCGUGGUGGGUAACAAGAGCGACCUGGAAGACGAACGACAGGUGUCUUUCGAAGAAGGUGCGAAUUUAGCAAAACAGUUCAACGCGCCUUUCCUAGAGACCUCAGCCAAACAGGCCAUUAACGUCGAAGAUGCGUUCUACGGGCUAGUUCGUCUCGUACGUGACAACGGUGGUACUUACAACCCAAGCGUCCGUGCGCAGCCGGAUUACUCUCAUCAGCAAGCGGGAGCUUCUGAGAGCCAGCAAGACGGUUCCCAGAAGGCCAACGGUGCUGAUGCCAAAGAGCAAGCUGCGCACGGAACCAAGCCAGAGGGCGCUGUGCAUUCCGGCGCAAACUCGAAACCUACAACGAACAAUGCUUUCCGCAAUGACGCGGGCAAAGAAAUAUCUGGUUCUGCGAGAAACAACGGCGCAGAAGUCCGUGCUCAGCAGCAAACAAAAGUUUCGGACACCGACAAGGGCAAAAAAUCAGGCGGUUGUUGUGUCAUUUGCUAG